CCAGGCCCCCUCCAAGGACUUCAGGGCCAUCGUCCACAGCAGCUUCAACGUGCUCUGGAAAGGAGCAGACUCCCUGGCCCAGCUGCAGGAGGAGGGGAAGGUUGUGCUCUCCAUCCGUCUGCGAGCCGUGCGCUUCCUGCUGCUGCUGGAGGAGGAGGAGGAGGCACAGAGCUUCUGCUGCCUGGAGCUCACCCUGGAGCUGUGUCGGAAUCUCUGCAAGGGCCACUUGCACCGGGAGGCUGAGGAGGUGCUGAAGGACAUGAAGGGCUUCCUGGGGGCCACUGGCAGCUCUGCAAAAUCUUUUGGGGACCUCCUGUCCCUCCUGGAGGCUGCAGUCCAGCUGAGCUGGGUGCUGGCCAAGGGCAUUGGCCCCCCGGGACCACCCUUGUCCCAGGCUGCAGCAGUUCUCAGCGUGGCAGCAGGGACCUCAGAGCGGGUCCUCAGGGUGCUGGCUGAGACCUGCCAGCUCAUUGUCUCCUCCCUCAGCGAGUACAUGAAGAGGAACCAUCACCAGCCCUUUGCCCGGGAGGAUGUGCUCGGCCUCUGCGCCUUCACCAAGGGGCACUGUCGUGUCCUCCACCAGCUGCUGGAGAGGGCUGCAGCAGUUCUCAGCGUGGCAGCAGGGACCUCAGAGCGGGUCCUCAGGGUGCUGGCUGAGACCUGCCAGCUCAUUGUCUCCUCCCUCAGCGAGUACAUGAAGAGGAACCAUCACCAGCCCUUUGCCCGGGAGGAUGUGCUCGGCCUCUGCGCCUUCACCAAGGGGCACUGUCGUGUCCUCCACCAGCUGCUGGAGAGGGUUCCCCCUGAGGGUGUCACACAGAAGCUCUUGGUGAAGCAGCUGCUCUACCACAGCCUCCAGCUCUUCACCAGCCUGACCUGUGACACCUUCCAGUGCUCCAAGGUGGUGGGCUGGCCAGGCCUGGAGCUGCUGGCAGCAUCCUGCAGGAGGAGUGUGGAGUGGCUGCUGGAGGGGCUGGAGGGGCUCCCUGGGGCCAAGCGAGCCAAGUACCUCGAUGUCACAGCCUCGUGCACAUUCAGGCUGGCCAGCAUCUUCUACAACCAGAACCUUCACCAGGAGGCCACCUCCAUCUGUGAGCCCUUCUGCUCAGCACUGCAGGCAGCAGAGGGAUCCACGUGUCCAGAGAUGUCCCAGGAAUGGCUUCAGAGGUGCUUCAGGCUGCAGGUGGAAAGCAACCGCAAGCUGGGCCGGCUGGAGGGAGCCCUGGGGAGUGUGGUGAGGUGGCUGGAGGUGCUGCAGGGCCCUGGGGAGCUGCUGGCAGAGCCUGUGUCCCUCUGGGUCAGAGUCAAAGCAGAUGCCACGAAACAGGGAGCUGAGGAGUCGCGGUUACGAACCCUGAAGGAAGGCUUGGAAGGGCAUAGGCUGGACACAGACACCUUGGUGAAUGUCCUCUUUGCUGAGCUGAAGGCCUACAAGGCUGUCCAAGGGGACACGGGGCAGGAACGCUACAACGUCCUCUGCGACCUCCUGGAGCUCUGCCCGGAGGGGAGUGGUCGCCUGCAUGAGAGAGCCCUGGGCUUGAUGGAGCUGGCCCAGGUCUUGUGCUACCACAGCUACUCCCAGCAGACAGACUGCUCUUCUCUGGACUCAAUCCAUGAAGCCUUGAGGCUGCUGGAGCUGGUGCCCAGGAGUGCCCAGAACCAGGACCAGCUCCUUGAUGACCAGGCACAGGCUCUGCUCUGGCUCUUCAUCUGCACCCUGGAGUCCAAGCUGGAGAAGAGCAUAGAGAGGGACCAGAGAGCCAAAGAUCUGGGGCUGAAGAAACUGGAAGAGUUUGAGCCCAAUGACCUCAACCACGAGGACAGGCUGCUGGAGGACCCGUUCCUGUACGACGGAGUCCGCUUCAACCUGGCAGCAGAGAGUGGUGAGGAUGCUGGCGGGGUUUCUCAGACCCACGCUGUGCUCUCAGCUCUGCACCAAAGCCUGGAUGAUGCCUUCACCCUGUGGAAGCAGCUCCUGGGGACGCGGCGUGUCCCGGCCGUGCGCAGCGCCGAGCAGACCGCGGCCUCCCUACGCCUCCUGGCAGCUCUCUACAAGCUGAUGGCCAAGCCCUUGCAAGCCAUGGAGACCUACCUGCUGGUCAGAGACCUGUGCCGCACGCUCGGGGACAGCCUGGGCAUGGCCAGUGCCCUGGGCCAGGUCACCAGGCUGCUCUUGCAGCUGGAGUGUCCCAGCUAUGCCCAGCUCUUCCUAGAGGAGAUGGAGUCCUGCCUGCAGGAGGCUGACAGCAGUGACAGCUCCUUCUUGCUGCAGCAGCAAACCUGCCUCCUGCUCCGCAGCCAGCUCUGCUGCUCCAACCACCAGCUUGAAGAGGGGCUCACUCUGUUGCUGCAAGUGCUCCAGAACCUGCCUCAUCAGAAAACCACCAAGGUCUGGUACGUGCUGCGAGCCCAUGUGCUUCAGCUGGUGACUGUCUACCUGAGCCUGCCCCCUGCCUGCCUCUCCCUGGAGCUUCGGCAGCAGCUCUUUGACCAAGGGUGGCAGAUGCCUGAGAUGGCUCUCAGUGAAGCCCAGAAGCUUUUCCGCAGUGUCAUCCUCCUGCUGAAGGGCAGUGACAUCCUGGGCUGCCGGGCAGGGGUGUCUGAUGUCCAGUUUGUGGAUUGUGGGGACAACCUGCUGCUGAAGUGGCAAGUGCUGGCAGACAUGUUGGGCUGCUUGGAGCACCUGGUGGCUCUUCUCAGCAGGUUGGAGAUGGUGUCUAAGGCUAAAGCCUUCUGCUUGGAGGCCAUCAAGCUGGCCCAGAAACUACAAAGCACCCGUUGGUUGGCUUCCUUCUUGGUGCUGAAGGCCCAACUAGAGCUGCAGCAGAGUGACCUGGAGCUGAGUAACUUCAGCCUGGAGCAUGUUCUCUUCCUCCUGGAGUCUAACACUGAGCUUAAGGACAGCAAGAAGCAGAAGGACCAUACGAAGAUCCAGCCCAAGAAGGGCAAACUCGAGGGCAAGAAGCCACGGCCCCCCAUCUCUGAGCCCCCUGGGGAAGAGGAGUGUUUCCUGCAGGGCCCGGCACUGGAGCUGGUGGCCCCGGCGCGCGGGCUGGGGAGGGCGGACGCGCUCGGCGCCUCCCCGGAGCUGAAGCCCGUGAGGAGGAAGAGGCUGGGCUUCCUCACCCACCCAGCCUCCCGCCCCUGCUUUCGCCACGUGGCCUCCAAGCACGGCAGCUCCGUGGAUGGUGUCUUUGCUGCUUCUUGGACCUGGCAGCUGCCCACGCUGGCUGCAGCAGAGCCCGAGGUGGUGGCUGUGCCCCAGGCCCUCACGACGGGCAAAGCUCGACCCCAAAGGCGCAAGAAGACCCCAACGUUGGCCCCUGCUGGGCCCAAGCCCAGAGUGAAGAGGAGCCAGAGAGCGAAGCCUGUGGCUGUGCCAGACACUGAUGAUGUCUUUGCUGUGGGUGGCUCGGACAGCGAGGUGCCCCCCAUUGUCAUCCGCCCGGUGACACUGCCCUGCACCCCUCACCAGAAGGUCCAUCCUGCCCAGCCACGUGCAGCUGCUGCUGCCAGGACUCCCUUCACCAUCUUCAACGAGUCCUCCCCCCCAGCCAGCAGGUUGCGGCUCCCACGGGCACCCAAAGUCUUGGGGAGGGUCAAGUCCCGGCUGCAGGUGACCUUCAGCGAUGACAGUGACGUGGAGGAUCUCAAAGCAGGGCUGACCCCCGGAGCUACCUGCAAGAAAUCCUGUGCCCAGCAAGUUGUGCCCCCCAAAUCCUCAGGGUUGAGAGGGCAGGGCAGCAGUGCCCGCCCCCGCAGAGCCCCCCGAGCUGGGGCUGCAGGGGAGAGGAGGGAGCGAGCGACCCGCAGGGCGGCUGGCAGGAGAGAGAAGGAGGAGCGGGAGCUGCUGAGGGCUGUGGAGGAAGAGGAGGGGGCUCCAGGCAGGAGACACCUGCCUUGGCACAGGCAGGAGGGCACGGACGGGGAGCAGGAGGUCCUGAGGCAAGAAGCCAGUGAGGACAUCGUGGCAGUACAGUGGCUGGGCAAGGGGGACCCCCUGCCCCCCAAGGGGACCCUCUCCUCAGCCCUGCCCAAGGCUGGUGAUGUCUCCUCACUGGACACAGUCCUUGAGCUCCUGAAAGAAGCUUUCAACUGCAUCAGCCAUUGCCCUCCCAGUGUGCUCUACAGCCAGCUCUGCCAGCUCUUGGCUCUGGCCACGGGGAACCAGGACCCCCUUUCCACUGCCUACCUGCUCUCUGAGUCAGUCUCCAUCACCACUCGCCAUCAGCUGCUCAGCAUCCUCCACAGGAAGAUUCACAAAGAGAAGAAGUCAGCAGGGGACGUGGCCGAGCAGCUCCGGGGGCUGUCCCUGCAGGAGGAGUGUCUGGAAAAACGCUGCCACCACCUCAGGGAGCUCCAGAAACUCUUCACCUUCAGCCCCACAGCACUGGGCUCCAGGGAGCGGGAUGAGUUCCAGGCGCAGCUGGAGCAGAUCCCCAGCGGGGUGGCUGUGUGUGUGUUGACCCUCUCCAGCCUGCAGCCUGGCUGCGCGGGGGACACUCUGCUGCUGACCCGGCUGGAGAAGGGCACUGCUCCCCUCACCAUCCGCAUCCCCGCUGCUCCCAGCACAACGCCCCUGCACUUGCUGCUGAGGGACUUUGACACCAUCCAGAAGGAGCAGAAGGAAGCCAACAGCUGCACAGAGAAGGAGAGCUGGUGGCUGCGCCGCUUCGAGCUGGACGGGAAGAUGAAGAGCCUCAUUGAGACCCUGGAGAUGCAGGUGCUGGGCUGCUGGAGGGGUGCCCUGCUCCCCCCCAGCCCUGACCCUGCUCUGGCCGAGGCUGCCGCCCGCCUGCACCCCCAGCUCCGCUGCUGCGGCUUCAGGGACACGGAUCCCACCCUGCUCAAGGUGGUGCUGAACGCUGCUGCCCUCCUCACCCCCCGUGAUGCCCAAGCCUUGGCCUCGGGGCUCUGCCCCGCGCAGCCCCACCAGGCACAGCUGCUCUUGCAGGAGGUGCUGGAGAAGCACAGACCCUGCCCUAAGCAGCCCCCUGGCUCCCUUGUCCUGGUGCUGGAUAAGCACCUGCAGAAGCUGCCCUGGGAGAGCAUGACCUGCCUGAAGUCCCUGCCCGUCACCAGGCUCCCUUCCCUGCGCUUCCUGCUCAGCUACUCCCUGGCACAGAAGCAGCCACGGUCUGUGCUGAGCCGGGGUGUGGACCCCGGGAGCACCUUCUAUGUCCUCAACCCGCAGAGGAACCUCCUGGGCACGGAGCAGCGAUUUCGGGAGUGGUUUGAGAGGGAGCCUGGCUGGAAGGGGGUGACAGGAGCCGUCCCCAGCCCCCUGCAGAUCCAGGCAGCCCUCCAGGAGCACGAUCUCUACAUGUGA